CCCGUGCGCUGUAGUGCCUCUCCAGUCCGCCGGCUCGCGCCUCGCCAGCCAGCCACCUACAUCCUGUACGGCUGUUUGGUUUCCUGUGCUUUUUUUAUUGAAAUGGUGGCUCCCUGAUGCGUCCCACCUUCCACCACCUUCAGUGGUAAUUUGAAAGUAACUAGUUGAGCCUUUUCCUGUGGGAGGUUUUUUUAAUGUUCCGCGCAGCCGACGCACAGAACUUCGUUAAAGCGAGAACCAGCUGGCACUUCCGCAGGACGAUGGACGAGCUGGUCCACGACCUGGUGUCAGCGCUGGAGGAGAGUUCUGAGCAACCCCGUGGGGGUUGUGGGGAUGGGGGGGACCACGCCCUGGCAGUGGGGUGCCUGCUGAAGAGGCAGGCGCGCAAGAGGCGUGGCCGUAAACGGCGCUCAGACAACGCCCACCCGCCGUGGGAGUCCUGCCACCCCCUGAGUGAAGGCUCAGAGUCCAGCCUGGAAGACCACCGGGAACACCGAACCACCAGCCAUGCCCGUGACAACAGUGACUCCGACGACCAGCUCUUGGGCCCCAAGCGCCGGCUUCCCCUGGCCCUGGAUGGAAGGCGACCCCUGUGGCAUGAUGACCUCCAGGGGGCAGAGGGGCUGGGCAGCCGCAGCCUGCGCAGGCGGAGGAAAGUGAAGCGCAUGGCUGUAGACCCGCCGUUGGAGGUCUCCGGCAUGCUCGCCCCACCUCUGCCCAAGCCGCACGCCAGUGCCAGAGAGAUGGGCCUGAACCCAGAGGCUAAGGGGCCCGAACUUGGGAAGAGCAGGGUUAAGAAGAGGAAGCUGACCACCAGCAGGCAGGGGGUGGAGGCGACUGACGAAGGUGUCGUAGUGGAAAGUGAGGAGUCCAGCCAAGUAGGCAAGGACAAAAUGGACUAUGAGGAGCACAAGGGAUCAGACGAGGAGAUGAGUGACAGUGAGACUAGCAGCGUCAGUAACAGCAGUGAUGGUGGGUUGUAUACCAACGACGAAGGAAGGCAAGGCGAUGACGAGCAGAGCGACUGGUUCUAUGAGGGCGAGCCGGGUGGGGCUUGUGGGAUAGCCGGGGUCAUCCCUUGGUGGGAGAAGGAGGACUCCUCUGACCUGGAGAGGGAGCUGUCCGACCCCGUUUUCAACAGCAUCCUCACGGGCUCCUUCCCUAUCAUGUCCCAGAAAGCUCAGAGAGGUUUUCAGGCCAGGCUGAGCCGUCUGCAUGGCGUUCCGUCUUCCCCGUCAGCGCCGACCGCCGUGAAGACUGGCGUCCCUGGGCAGGGCUGUAACGAGAGGCUGCCUCGACUCUCCCAGGACCCCCAUCACCACGACCCUUGGUUUGGUCCAGAAUCCAGAAGGGAACAUGGACAGCUGCCGUGGGACACCCGGACGGACAGGGGCCAUCGUAGGAGCUGCUCAUUAAAGACGGCCAGCAGGCAGACGAGCGGACACCUGGGCUCCCUGUGCACGGGCGACAUCAAGAGGAGACGCAAGGCACCGCCAGGAGCCGGGCCCGUCCCUACGGGACUGGUGGGUGAGAAUGCCCUGCCCAUCCCAGAAAGCAACGUGGGGAGCCGGAUGCUGCAGACCAUGGGCUGGACUCCGGGAAUGGGGCUGGGACCCGACGGAAGGGGCAUCACAGAACCCGUUCGGGCCCUACAGAGGCCAAAGGGAGCAGGGUUAGGGUUUAACUGAGCACCCCCCCCCGCCCCACGAGCAGCCCGUGCUACCACAAGCCUUGAGACCUGACUUGGAAAAUCAUCCCGGUCCGGUUCCGCUCCCGGACACCGGCCGCGGACCGACCUGCGAUCAACCCCAAGGAGCGGCUAAGCAAAACACGGGAGCGGAAAUGAGUUUUAAGAACAACUGAACCGCAAAUGUCUUAUUUUAGAACGAGCCCACGCUGAAACGAACAGACCCGAAUGUGACACCCGGGGCUGCAGGAUUGUCUUUUUGUCUCCAGUGAGUGUGCUGCAUUUGACAUUCCCCUAAUCAAAAAUAUUUCUUCCCGCAAUCAGCAUUAUUCAGAAUUAAGAACUUUGCUCUAGGACUGAGCUGCCAGACAGAGCUGAAUGACGGGUCGAUCCUUAAUUCAUUGUUAGUUAAAAACAAUUGCUGAAGAAGCACCGUUGUGCUGGAUUUAAUGUUGUGUAGCUUCCCGUAAAUUUUUGUUUUUAUUGUGUUUUAAUAGCUAUUUUUUUUAACUGCUGAAACCACCAGCGGGCCCUAGAAGUCAGCAUGUAUCUCCAGAGUACAGAGAGAGGUAAAUGGGGGGGCAGAUGCUGUGUAUCCUCACAUACCAAGGGUGCUGGGAGAGGCGGGAGGCGGGACUCCUGGUCUGAAUCGUCAAGGAUUUAUGAAGGAUGUCCAGUAACAGUAUUCAGAAAUGAGAUGCCUGGUCAGUUGCAUUGGAUUUCUAGGGCCAAGCUGUACAAAUGGUAGCACGAGAGCCCUGUGAGUUUUGCGUGCUUCUUCAGACCUAAAAUUUUGAGGGAAAUCCUAAUUGAAAGUGUAUCAGUUUUAUUCCCCAAUCUUUAAAUGAGUGUCAGGGGUCAUGAAUGUUUGGAUAUUAGCUGUUCCGAUUGUGCCGUUUGUGGAUUCGUGUGCUGUGCGGCUCUGGGGAGACACCCUCGGUGCUGGGGCUCACGUGGACAAAGUGUUGUCACAGAAGCCUCCUCAGUGGUACCAAGGUUUCUAGCAGGAACUUAACAAAGCCCAGACCACAAGGAAAAAAAAAAAACGACAAAGCUGUGUUCCCCUUACUCUUAUCAUUCCAAAUGUAACUCAGUGCUGCAAACUUGAAGAGAAUCCACCUAUGCAGUUUUGUAAAACAUUCAGACCUUGUGUGUCGCUGAAGCUGCCGUCUGAGUUUGGGUGGCUACUUAUCUGAAGCUCACGAACCGCCAGACGGGUUCAGCACCACCAGUGAUAAUCAGUUGGUUUUAAAUCAUUAAAAACAUACAGUAAGAGGCAUGUGGGAAAUGGAUUAUUGGAAUUGGUUUCCCUGUACUGAUUUUAAGAAUAAAAAUUAAAAAAUGUCA